UUCAUAAAGUAGCUGUAGUGAGUGUGAUCCACUGUUCUCUAGGAAGCCUGGGGAGCAGUGGGGCAGCCAUGGAGCUGCUGGGCGGGACUGGCCUGUGGCCUGUGGCCAUCUUCACGGUCAUCUUCAUAUUGCUGGUAGACCUGAUGCAUAGGCGCCGGCGCUGGACUGCGGGCUACCCACCAGGCCCUGUGCCAUGGCCUGUCCUAGGUAACCUGCUGCAGGUGGACUUAGAGAACAUGCCAUACAGCUUGUACAAGCUUCGAAACCGCUAUGGUGACGUGUUCAGCCUGCAGAUGGCCUGGAGGCCAAUGGUUGUGGUCAAUGGACUGAAAGCCGUGAAGGAAGUGUUGGUGACCUGUGGAGAGGACACUGCUGACCGCCCUGAGCUGCCCAUCUUUCAGCAAAAUGGCUAUGGACCCAAAGCUAAAGGUGUGGUUUUUGCACCUUACGGGCCCGAGUGGCGAGAGCAGCGGAGAUUCUCUGUGUCCACCCUGCGCAACUUCGGCCUGGGCAGGAAAUCUCUGGAGCAGUGGGUGACAGAGGAGGCUGGCCACCUCUGUGAGGCCUUCAGCGACCAUGCUGGGAGACCCGUCAGUCCCUACAUGCUCCUGAACAAAGCUGUGUGCAAUGUGAUCGCAUCCCUCAUUUAUGCCCAUCGCUUUGACUAUGGAGACCCUUACUUCAUCAAGAUGCUAAAAAUAAUGGAAGAAAAUAUGGGAGAGAAUACAGGCUUGCUUCCUGAGGUUCUGAACAUGUUCCCAGUUCUCCUGCGCAUCCCAGGGCUGUUCGACAAGGUUUUCCCUGGGCAAAAGUCAUUCAUGAGCAUGGUGGACAAGCUGAUAACUGAGCACAAGAGGACUUGGGACCCUGACCAGCCAGCUCGAGACCUGACUGACUCCUUCCUGGCUGAGAUGGAAAAUGCAAAGGGGAACCCUGAGAGCACCUUCAAUGAUGCAAAUCUACGACUGGUUGCUGCUGACCUGUUUGGUGCUGGAAUUGUGACCACAUCAGUCACGCUAACCUGGGCCCUGCUGCUCAUGAUCCUGCACCCGGAUGUGCAGCGCCGAGUCCAGCAGGAGAUUGAUGAAGUCAUAGGGCAGGCGCGGCGUCCAGAGAUGGCUGACCAGGCCCGCAUGCCCUACACCAAUGCUGUGGUCCAUGAGGUGCAGCGCUUUGCAGACAUCGUCCCACUGAAUUUGCCACACCUGGCCUCUUGUGACAUCGAAGUGCAGGGCUUCCGCAUCCCCAAGGGGACAAUGCUCAUCCCCAACCUGUCCUCCGUGCUGAAGGAUGAGACUGUGUGGGAGAAGCCCCUCCAGUUCCAUCCUGAACACUUCCUGGAUGCCCAGGGCCACUUUGUGAAGCAUGAGGCCUUCAUGCCAUUCUCAGCAGGUGCCUGUGGGGUGCCUGGCUCCCUCUGUCUUCCCAGGGUGCUGUGGAGGAUAGAGAUCCAAUCAAGACCCAGACUGACUGAUCCCCUUUCCCACCCACAGGCCGCCGAGCAUGCCUGGGGGAGCCCCUGGCCCGCAUGGAGCUCUUCCUGUUCUUCACCUGCCUCCUGCAGCGCUUUAGCUUCUUGGUGCCCAAGGGACAGCCCAGGCCCAGUGACCAUGGCAUCUUUAUGUUUCUGGUAUUCCCAUUGCCCUACCAGCUCUGUGCAGUCCCUCGUUAGCAUGAAUCAAAUUCCAGUCUGGCCUCAAGCUUAGGCUGUUCUACACAGAAUAAAAAGCUUUUUGUGGCUGCCAUUUGUUUUCUCUUUCAAA